UUGCUCUAUGGACACCCUUAAGCUGGGUGUUUGUGCCAACGUGCUGCAGAGCUUGCUCAACGUAACUUUGGGAACCCCACCCACUUCCUCUUGUUGCAGUCUCAUCCAAAAUCUGGUUGAUCUUGAUGCCGCUGUUUGCCUUUGCACGGCCAUCAAGGCCAAUAUCUUGGGCAUUAACCUCAACGUCUCUGUCUCCUUGAGCUUGCUAUUGAAUUAUUGCGGAAAGAACGUCCCAUCCGGCUACCAGUGCUCUUAGCGUGUGUGUCAGUCACCUUAUAAUAGCUUUAUAUGCUCUAGCUUUCUUUUCCUUUUUUUGUUUUCAGCCCUUUUAUUCCUCUCUUUCUGUUUUAGGA